AUGGUUUCCACCGUUACAGAAACAAUAACACAGUGCCUAGAAGCUCAGGUCGAAGAAAUUGAAGUUUUGCGUUCCAUUUAUUCUGACGAAUGGAAAACAGAAAAUGAAGCUGAUAGAUCAUACAGUAUUGAUAUCCAACACGAGGACUUUAAAAUUACUCUUUACGUUACAUUACCUGAAAAUUACCCUAGCGAAUCACCUCCAACCUAUACACUUUUGGCGCCUAAUUUAACCCGUCAUCAAAAAAAUCAAUUGUCAAAUUUGUUAGAUGAAGUUUAUUUUUUAGACUUAACUGGUGUUACUCAUGGAGAGCAAAUUAUAGACAGGAAAAGUGUAUUCCAAGGACAUGCCGCAAUUGUUUUUUCAACCGAUGAAGUCAGGCAUGUAAUAAAUGAAUUAAAGAAAAAUAAAAAAAUUGCCAAAGCGACACAUAAUAUGUAUGCUUAUAGAAUAGUUAAUAACAAUAACACAUUCAUUCAAGAUUGUGAUGAUGACGGAGAAAGUAAUGCUGGUGGUAGAUUAUUGCAUCUGUUACAAAUUUUAAAUGUAAAAAAUGUAUUAGUAGUGGUAUCUAGAUGGUAUGGUAGAAUACAUUUGGGUCCAGUGAGAUUUCGACACAUAAAUAAUGCUGCCAGACAAGUUUUAGAACAGAGUGGAAUAUUAAAGGAAGGUAAAAAGCAAAAUUAA